AAAAAAAAUGUUUUGGGUAUUACUAUUUUCAGGCCAACUUUUGUAAGAAUCUGCAAGAAAAAAUCGAUUGAAGGUUUUGAAUCACUUCCCUACGUGUCAGCGCUCUUCAGUGCGAUGCUAUGGAUUUACUACGCUAUGCAAAAAGAUGGAUCAGGCUUCCUUCUCAUCACCAUAAACGCUGUGGGGUGCUUCAUCGAAAUCAUCUACAUCAUCCUCUUCAUCACUUAUGCUAACAAGAAAGCUAGAAUAUCAACUUUGAAGGUUCUUGGGCUCUUGAAUUUCUUGGGUUUUGCUGCUAUUAUUCUUGUUUGUGAGCUCUUAACCAAAGGAUCGAACCGUGAGAAAGUCCUUGGAGGGAUUUGCGUCGGCUUUUCUGUUUGUGUUUUCGCAGCUCCUUUGAGCAUCAUGAGAGUGGUGAUACGAACAAAGAGUGUGGAGUUUAUGCCUUUCUCCCUAUCAUUGUUUCUUACA